AAAAAAAUGAAAAUAUAAACAUUAUUGAUGAUUUAGUAAUUAAUCAAAAUGCUAAAACAAGUAAUCAAAAACAAUGCUGUGAAUGUGGUAGAAAUGAAAUUGAAAAUUCUAAGCGUAAAUGCUCUCAUUGUUAUGCAAAACUUCCUACGCUUGCUGAAACUCAACAAGAAAGCGAACUAGCUGUAUCUGAUAAAAAAGAUAAAAAAGAUUUAGCCAAGCCACUAAUUUUUAAACCCUUUCAACCCAAUACAUCAGAUAAAACUAUAAAUUUGAUUAGUAUUAGUACAACCCAAGAAUUAGAGCCUCAGAGUAGUGUUAAUAAGCCUGAAAUUCUUGUACCUGAUCCUUUACCAAUUAAUCCAAAUUCUAUUGAUAAUAUUCAUAAAGUCUUCGAUCAUAUUCAAAAAAUUAGUGGAAUUAAUAAUGGUAGUCAAAAAUAG